AUGGAGCCCAGAGUCGGCGUCGGUGUCUUCGUGAUGAACGGCGAAGGCAAGUUCAUUAUUGGCAAGCGAAAAGGAAGUCACGGUUCAGGCACCUGGGCACUCCCCGGAGGCCACCUAGACUUUGGCGAGUCCCUCGAAGCCUGCGCAGCUCGCGAGGUUCUCGAAGAAACGGGCCUCACAAUUGGCAACGUCCACUUCCUGACCGUGACCAACGAUGUGAUGGAGGCGGAGGGUAAACAUUAUGUCACGAUCUACAUGGGGGGGACGGUCGCAGGGGAUAAGACGGAACCUCAGGUGAUGGAGCCGGAGAAGUGCGAGGUAUGGGAGUGGGUCACUUUCGAGGAUGUGAAAGCCUGGAGCAACGGUAACGAACGGAAGUUGUUCUCGCCGUGGCUGAAUGUCUUUAGCCAGCGGCCCGGGUUUCAUCCUGUCGAAAGUCUUCGUCAAUAG